AUGGAGAUGGAGGUGGAUGACCAUGGCUCGGAUCCCAGUGUGGCUUCACCACACUCCUCCUCCUCCUCUUCUUCGUCUUCUUCGUCUUCCCCCACGGUUGCGGCGCCACCUUGUUGGCAGGAGGAAUACUACCCGCUGUCCCUCACCCAGGACCUGGGUAGUCUCACGAUUCAACCACACCUGGGCCGACGUUCCGCCCUUCGCCGGCAUGGCUUGCUCUAUAUCCAGCUUUAUAACACGUCCAAGGGGAUCUUUGCUGCUGGCAAUACCUACCCUUUGCCAACCAUGCCCUGGACACACUGGCGCUGGAUCCGGGCCUGGUUCGAGCAUGGCAGCACAUCGGGCAGGCUCUGA